AUGACCGAUUCAACCGAGAGGCGAGUCAAACAGAAGACUGCUGAUGCAUCCGAGCAGCUGCGAAUGAAGCAGAAGAUGAUUUCACUGAUAGAUUUGACGACUUUGGACAAAGAGAAAGACACCGAAGAGAAGGUUGCACAGCUUGUGGAGAAUGGCUCGGCAAAGAAUGCCCUGGGCACAGAAGUUGCUGCUGUAUGUGUUUAUCCAGAGUUUGUGCAAGCUGCAAAGCGGAAAAUCGCAAAGCUAGAGAAAGAUGCAAAAGGUAUGCGCGUUGCAACGGUGGUUAACUUCCCCAGUGGCGACGCGCAGACGAGCGAAGCGGUUGCAGAGACUCGAGCAGCCUUGCAAGUUGGCGCGGAUGAGAUUGACUUGGUGAUUUGCUUCAAAGAUUAUUUGUCCAAUGCAGAGUCCCCGAAGUCGUGCGAAAUGGUCCGCCAAGUCAAGGCGGCCAUUGAGCAAAACAAGAAAGGCAAUUGCUUGCUGAAGGUGAUCCUGGAGACAGGGGAGUUGAAGUGUGAGCACUUGAUCAAAAAGGCCUCGCUGGACGCACUCGACAAUGGCGCUGACUUCAUCAAGACCUCCACCGGCAAGACGCCCACUGGAGCGACGCUGGCUGCAGCCCAGACGAUGCUCGAAGCCAUCAAAGCUCGAAACCAUCAAAGCGGUCUCAAGAUCUCCGGGGGUGUGCGAACUCAUGAGGACGCCCUUGGCUACUUGCAGCUGGUGGAGACCGUUUUGGGACCCAAAGCAAAGGAGUUCCUGAGGCCGGAAAGUUUCCGCUUCGGCGUGAGCGGGCUUUUGACCAACCUGUUGCAGGAGACUGAGGUCAACACUUCAUAUUAA